AUGGCCUUUCUGUCAGUUCAGCCCCUUUCCUCACAACUGAUAGGGAUCGACUUUACGACCAGUUCUCCCACUGUCGCAAUGAGCAGCUCAGCCAAGGGUGCGCCCUCCACGUCCGCGCCGUCUUCACUACCUCCAUCGAUCUCAUCCUGGGAGCAAGGCUCAUCAGUGACAAGUUCAGCGACACAAAACGAGGCUUCGACCACCACCAAUGCUUCCGCAACGAGCGCGUCUUCCUCAAAUGAGGGCCAGAAGCAGAGCAGACCAGUGGUCGGCCCCAUCGUACUGAUACUUUUCCUCGUCGCCAUCUGGUUCUGGGGCUUCCGACGACGUCGCCUCCGAGCGAAGGAAAAGCCCAUCGACCCAGAGCCGCAGCAGAAGUUCGAGAAGCCGGAGCUCCAUGCUGACUGGAUACCGAGACCUAUAUCGCCGAACCCGAGGGAAAUGAGUGGCUGGACGCCUGGACACCCGUUGUUUGCAGAGAAACCAGCCAACGAGGCCCCGGCGCAAGAAUUGCCAACUGAUGAAACGACAUCGAGCAAAAAUAGGCAGGCGAAUCGCGAUCCGAAGGCACAAGACGGCAUAAAAACGAGUGCUGCGGUAGAACUUGGAGGCGAAGGCAAGUGA